AUGCUGUUCAGGAGUUGUGAAAACUUAGCACUGCAGAAAUUUGCUUGGCAACUGAAUAACUUUAUUGACAAAGAAGGUAAUAAACACUGGGGUGCAGAAAAAGCUGUGGAUGGUCAUUACAUCGACCGUUCGGCAUCUGGAAACUACUGUACAAUAUCGGAUAACCAAAAAAGUACUGCCAUAUGGAGAGUUGAUCUGGAAGGCGUUGUCAGUAUCAGCCACAUCAACAUCUUCUACAGGACGGACAAUGUUCCAAGUCCUGGUGCGUACUUUGGUCGAUUUGCUGGGUAUUUCCUGUAUGUUUCGAACACCACGUCACGAAAAAAUGGUUUUCUCUGUUUCCAUGAGCUACAAAAUGUAACCGGCACUCCAGUGGAAGACCAGAAGAUAACCUGCCCCGUUCAUGGACGAUACGUCAUAUACUACAACGAACGGAAACCCAAUGUGACUUAUCCAAGUUACUAUUCUGAAUAUGCUUACAAUGAAUUGUGUGAAUUAGAAGUGUAUGGAUGUCCUGAUCCACGAUACUAUGGGGAAAGCUGUGACCAAUUGUGCCCAGAUAAAUGCCAGGAGAGAAGAUGUAACAUCAACACAGGCAAAUGUUUGGGCUGUAUUCCAGGGUAUCACGGUCCUCGCUGCAAUCAAGUGUGUGUUGAUAACAAAUACGGACUAGGAUGCGCAUUAUCAUGUGGUAACUGUAGUGACGGAGAAACGUGUCACCAUGUCAACGGCACAUGCAUGAAUGGAUGCAGCGAAGGAGCAGAAGGGAAAUCAUGUCAGAACGCUUGCCGAUUUGGUCAAUACGGUGGUAAUUGCAGAUAUAAAUGCAGUGAUAAUUGUGGGGUGGCUAACCAGUGUAAUAGGUUUACUGGAGAAUGUGAUGGAGGGUGCAAGGCUGGUUGGAAGGGAGUUCGAUGUGACGAAAAGUGUGAUGGUGGAAUGUAUGGAUUUAACUGCAACCAAAGCUGUGGUAAAUGCUCUGAUGUAAUGAAAUGUGAUCACAUCAACGGCACAUGCGUAAACGGGUGUUCCGCUGGGUAUGAAGGAUCGCAUUGUGACUCUGGUUUACUGGAGAGUGUGUGCAAAACUGCAGACCAGGAUGGAAGGGGAUGGGAUGUGAUAAAAAAUGUGAUACUGGCAUGUACGGUGUUAAUUGCAAUAAAAGUUGUGGACACUGUAUUAGAGAUUCAGGUUGUCACCACAUUAAUGGUUCAUGUCUGGAAGGGUGUGUCCCCGGAUACGAAGGAGCAUUGUGUGUCAAUGAAUGUUCUGUUGGAUACUUUGGAGUUAAGUGCCAAGAAAGAUGUAACACAUAUUGUGGCGGUAACGACACAUGUGACUCGGUCACUGGGAUUUGUGACAGCGGCUGCAAGAAGGGAUGGAGUGGCCCUCUUUGUGGAACAGGUAGUUACUCAUAGAAGAGUUUAUAUAAGAUUGAUUGAUUUCUCUGUUAUCAUUGUUUUAACCGGAAGUAGCGUACUGUACUUCAUCUGGAAGAGAAUUCAGCGUACCUGUAAGUAA